AAAUGCCGUGGAAUGGUGAAAAUUCUAAUUUCAAGACGAAGUUUAAUACCUAGGCUUUACAUUUGCAAGAAUUGGAAUGGGUUCUAAGGCGAAAAAGGACAGAAGAAGCGGCGAAGAUUUCGACGGUAAGACCUCGCCUCCGUUGUCGGUGGAGCGUUUUGUUUUGUAAUUUAUGCGCGGAGGACCUUUCUUCUUUGCUCGCCUGAAAGCGGCGAUAUUGAUUGAAUUGUGCUUGGUUUUGCCUCUGAUUAUACUUACACAGUCUCGUGUUUUACCUGUGGGAACGUCUGUGGUAUUAAUGGUCGGUUUUGCAAUAUUACGAAAGCACAAUAGCUCUGUUCACAACGAAAGCUUUCGCGCCCAUUAAUUUCGUGACUGAAAUGCAUUAGAAGAAACUGAUCCUUCGUUUUCGAAGCUUUCUUGUUUUGUGAAAAGGUAUACUUAUAUCGACAGCAUUUUCAUACAUGAACGUGUGAUCCUUUCGCCUUUAAAUCCAUCGUAGAAAUUUUCGAUCGGGUCAUUAAUUUCCACGGUGUAUGAACAUGGCGAACGGUUUGCAUGUUUUGGAGGUUAUUUGUUAUCGGGUUUCAAACCAUGUGAUUUUAACCCGAGGCAAAUGUAUAAUUUAUAAGUUUUGGUUUUUGCCCGAAUUGCUGUCUGUUAGCGCUGUAGUUGUGCGAAUUAGGCGUAAUAGUGAUCUCUCCGCUGUAUAUUAUUCAAUCCACACCUUUAGAUAUUGCACGUUGUUUAUUAUUCCCGGAUUUUCAUGCGUGGAUCAAAUGUUAAUAAGCUUGAUGUGUAAGCUUAAGUUUACUUGCGUAAUUUACAGCAGGCGGUAGGCAACGGAAAUAGACUUGAUCAUUAGGCUAGUCUAUGUACCCAUGUCUGGUGUACAAAGGUUAUCUAUGAGCCUUGCUAACUGAAUAUAGCGUAAUUAUAUUCUUGUACACUUUAUAUGGAAAUCAACAAAGGUAGAUCUUGCGUGCCCAAUAAAUAUUUAGCAUAAAAUGAGUAGAAUUAUCUUUACUUUCGAAUCUCUGAAUUUUUUGCAUUGAUUGUGUUACACACUGACCACACUGUGUAUAGCAGCAUCCAAGUUAUUUUUGCCAUUUGUACAUUUUCCUAGAAAUAUUUUUCUAGUUGUACAAUUACCUGUAAAGACAUGUUUUUUGUGAACAUUAUUCCCUUGAACCUUGCACUUUGUUGACUUGAUAAAUUUGGAACCCACUAGUGUGCCGUCUAGUUUGUGACAUUCAAGGGUCAUGCUACUUCCUUUUUUCAGGGUUCCUUCAGGACACACAGUCAAAAGAUCUCAAUUAUCAUGUCCUUAUUUACUUUGUCUUUUGGUUUUUCUGUGGUCUGGAAAAUUUGUAUUGAUCAGGUUAAUUUUCAUGAUCUCAGGGAUAAGGUUAGUUGAGUAGGUUAGUGUAGGGUGGGUUGACGAUGAAAACAAAUUGAGAGGGAGGGGGUACUGUGAAAGAGAUGAUCAGAUUUCAGGAUGCCGGAGGUUAUCACCUGUGUAUGUAUGACGUAAAAAAACAAACAAGAAGUCAAGCUAGUAAAUGAUAAUCAAAAUAUAACAAGGAAAUAGACUCUGAGUAGAAAGAACUCAUUUUAUUUUUAUUGGUCACAUUUUGCAGAAGAAGAUGAGUUAGAUUUGGACAAAAAAGGAGGCAAGAAGACCCAGCAAGGGGAACUUAAAGGGUAUUUGUAUGUUUAGAUUAACUAUCUAAUUUAACAUCUAGGCCAAAACAAGGAUAAUUGUUGUGCUUUACAAUUUCUAAGGUCAUGUUCACCCUAUACUGGGUAGCUUUUACGCUGCCACAAAACCCGUACUGGAUAAGUCUUCUGUUCAUACACAAAAAUGAUUGUGACACAGCACUGCGGCAUUGCUACAAUCUCUAAAUCAGAGAGUCACUUAUUGGAUUGGUUCAUACUGUACUGAACAGCUCUUUGUGACUCCACAGAAGACUGUCUGGUAUAGAGUGAAUGUAGCCUAAAUGUGACACAUAAUUCUGCCAUUUCUUGUGCUUAAAUGUAACUAUAAUAAGAAAAUAUUUCAGUUUUUUUAAAUUUUUUUCUCAAAGGUUGUUGAAUUCUAUAGCUGGAAUUGCUGAUGAACUUAAGGGUAAGUCAGAUGUUUUUGUUUGGUUUUGAGAAAGGGUGUAUUUUGUUGUAGUUGGGCUUGAAUAGUUGGAACAUCCAUGCAGUUUAAGAGAGGAGUAAAAUUAUUAUUGUUACCACAUAUACCAUACCAUUUAUUUAAGUUUAACUUAACUCUGUAAUUCUAUAACAGUAACUGUUGUUCUUUUUAUCUGGAUAAAAUUUGAAUUAAAAUUCUAAGGCAAAUUUAAUUAAGUAAGGACCUCUUCCUUUAACAAAGAUUGGUUCAUUUUGUAACAAAUAGCUUGCUUGUGGUACUCUCACUGACAGACAAAAUAUCAGGGAGAUUUAGCAUAGCGUUUGUGGCAAACGGCAAAUGUGAGAUUCAAGUUGAGAAAUUUUCAAAAUGGGAAAUGAACAGAUAAAAACUGCUUAAAACAAUUCUUAUAGAUAGAUUUAGUGUGAACCUACCGCUUUUCAUGUAGUUAUAAUGAACAGUAAAUGCCAAGUAAAGGAGAAACUUGGUCACGUGGUACAAAUUCAUGUUUGCCAUUUGCCGUAAAUGCGUUGCUUAAUCUCUCUGUUACAAAGGAAGUUGCCCCUAAAGCUUUCCAAUGAAAUAUAUUUAAUGUGAAGAUUUUGUUGUGUAUAAAUAUUUGAAAAUGUUUGCGAAAUCUAAUUAAGGUUAAUUGUAUUUAAGCAACCCAGGCAAGAAUAAUAUGUCAAUAUCAUGUUUUGAAACAGGGUCAUCUCGCCCACCUUCCCCUGCCAGUUUUUCUAUAGAGGGUCGCAAACCAGCUGAGGUGAGUGAAAUCAGUGGAUAAGAAGUGAAGUUUUGAAUAAAAUAUUAUGACAUUGAAUAUUGAAGUCAGAAUGGACACCAGUUUAUUUGAAUAAAUUAUUAUUAAUUUUAUUAGCAUUUUAAUCACCAAUAUAUAUAUUCAUUAUUGUGAGUAUUGUGAGAAUACAAUAAAUUAUUGUGUGAAAACCUGCUCUGCCUCCUGCAAAAAAUUGAGAAAAGUAGCUAAAUAGAUGUCCACAAAAUCUCAAAUAUUUCUGGUUGUGACACACAGGACCCGUAACAAAAUGCAUUAGAUUUGAUCUGUAAUAAUUUUCUCGUUGUCAGAUGCCAUUACUAUAUGUAUGUGGUAGUUCAAUUCUAUUCUUGGUAUAAAUUUUAUUUCUUUUCGUGUUAAACUGAUUAUCAUACAUUACAGUACCCCAAAACAAAGGGAUAUAAAAUUUAAACUAAGAAUAAAAUUGAACCACAACAUAAACACUUAACAGAUAUCAAUAUUGGUCUUAUUUCCCUGAUACUUCAAUCUUAGGGUCUUUAAUGUUUUUUUUCAUUUCCACACAACUGAAAACCAAUGCUUUUGAAGUUGUAGGACCUAUAACCCAAAUUUUUCAGUAUGUUUAAAUUCAUAUUGUUCAACAGAUUUUUCGAACAGACUUGAUAAGUGCCAUGAAGCUUCCAGAUCAUCAGAAUUUGAGUCCUGAUAACUACAUCACCAUAAGUGAUCCCUGGAGACAGGAGUGGGAACGAGGAGUGCAGGUGAUGAGCUAAUUUAUUCUAUAAUUCCUUGUUCCUUAUCCGUGUGAGGAGUAUUUUGCGUGUUGUCAAGCUUCUGUUCUUAGUCAAGCCACAUAGGGAUGUUAAAUCUUGGGAAAGAGGGGAGUAUUCAAAUGACUUUCUGGAAAGGUCAAGUGUGAUGUUUACGGUACAUACCAGACAGCAAAUGGCUGAGAUGUUCAUGAGAUGGUCAAUGUUCAGUGCAUACAGUUAAUUUUUUUUUACCUCUGUGUCCUGUGUCCCGACGAAAAAAAUCCCCAAAGAUGCAAAAUGAUUCAUGGCAUGUGUCCUGUAGGGCUCAAUGAUCGAUCAAUCAACCAGAACAUGUGCAUGUAUUUGUAGAAACAUCCUGUGUGCAUAAUUUCUGUGGCCGUUAUUAUGGCUGUUGUUUAAUGAUGCAUAUUUCUUUUAGCCUUUGUUGCGCUUUAAAAUAGAAGUACUAUAUUUUUAAUUCAGUAUACUGUACAUCGUGCUGUGAAAGUCGUGUCCGAUAGCCUGGGGCUAGUGGAUUUUACUCUCGGGCUAGUGAAUUCUGUUCUUAACUUGCCCACCUGACAAGUGAAUUUUUUUAAGGAAUUAUAAUCACAAAAGAAUUGUUAUCAACUCUGCUCAUCAUUGGGCUAGUUAAAAUGACUUUUGGGCUACUACAUGCUGGCUACAGCUUUCCCGAAUGGCAGGCUGUAAAACUGACUUUCUUUGCACCCUGCUGUAAUACAGAGUUUUCAAGUCUGUCUUCAGACUAUUUGUCCGGUUACAUGAAGGCCCAAGCAUUUUCAAUUUCACACUCAUUUUUUUUAAAUCUGGGACUCAUGAAUUUUUUUUUGCAAGAUGCGUCCCAGGACUCACCAUAAUAAUAUUAUUUGUAACAAAAUCACUGCAUGUAUCUAAUUACAGUAAAUGUAAACAUAAUGCUGUAUCUGUACCAUGUUUUUAUAGAUGGGUUAGAGGUGAAGACAUCACAAGUCCUCCUUUCUGGGUCCUGUCCUUCUACAGUUUUGAAAACUUCCCUAAUGUCUUUUUGUUUCCAAACCCAGGUGCCUGUAAAUCCAGAAGGUGUUUUCCAACCAUCAUUCAGGUGAGUGUUAAAAAUGUAUGUAUUCAGCAGUAAGAGUUCGAUAUUAAUUUAUUGUCGAAUGCAAAGUGUACAUGUUGCACUCUUUGAUUUUAACAAUUUCAGUUAUAUUGUGGAAAAGGAAAUUGGUUUUCAAUGUAAAUUAUUUCUUUUGAUGUUCAAUGUUUUCAACUUUAUUUUUCAGACCUGUGGAGCCACUUUACAAGAGAGUAGCUACAUUUAAGUUGUAUGUAUUGUCUCUGAGUCAAUUUGGAAAAAAAUAAUCCAUUGUAACUCUUCAGCUUUGUCACAUUAUAUAGUCAUGUUAGUUUGACACACGUGCUUUGUGUUAUUUUUCUUUCCAGACAAAACAAACUGCUUUCUACACCAAGUAAAACAAGAGGCAGACCUCCAGGCUCUAAAUGCCCUUAUGAUCUUGGCAGAAUGGAUGUAGAAUGGCUGACAGCAUUGAAUAGAUCUCGACAAAACAAGGGCUUAAUGGAACUUGAGGAAUCCACAUUGGAAAAGGCCAUAGCUUACAUUGAAAACAAGGUAUUUUUGCCACAGAAAUGCAGUAUUGGCAUGCCCAGGGUUUGUGUUGGGGAACUGACCCUAUUUAGUGUAUAGACUUGCAUUAUUAAUUUGUCCAUAACUAACUCUUGGAAGGAUCAAACCUUGAUUUGUUCCCUUUUUCUUCUCAGUGCUACGACAACAUGGGGCAUGCAAUAGCCACUCAGAAAGGUCUUAGUAUAGAAUAUGAUGAGGAUGUGUGCUGUGAUGUUUGUCAGUCUGUAAGUAAUUUAUAAAUCUUUUUGUUUGCAAAAGUAUGUUACAUAAAAAGUACAUAUAUUUUAUUUUUUGCGUGCAGAGUAUUUUACUUUCAAACAUUACACAAUUUAUUUGUAGUCUGCAAAGCACAGGAAGAUCAUUGCAUUUCUUUCAGUAGCUGAUUUGUAUAGUUUUUAAUUGAUCAAAUGUUAUAGACAAUUAUCUGUGUUUUCAAUAGAUGUGUGUCAGCCUUUCUAUGCCCUAACCAUAGAUAUUUGGCUAUAAUCCAUGCAAUGUUUUCACAAAUUCAGAACAUUUGAUCCAAGGAGAGUUGUUUGGAUUAUAGCCAAGCAAAAACGUCAAGAGAAUGCCAACUGCUAUUUGUUAUCUCAGCUGCUGAAUUUUAGUAUCACAGACUGAGACUUGUCCUUAAGUCAAUGGAUUAAAUGGAUUAGGAUUUAUGAAGAGAAAGAGCAUUUUGCAGCUUUUAGCACUUAAAAAUGCUAAAGUGUUUUUCAACCACUUUCUAGCCUGAUAGUGAGGAAAUGAAUGAGAUGGUAUUCUGUGACUCAUGUGAUAUCUGCGUCCAUCAAGCUUGUUAUGGCAUCCAGAACAUUCCUGCUGGUAGCUGGCUCUGUCAUCCUUGUCGCAAGGGAUUCAAGAAUUGCAUCUGCGUUCUGUGCAAUCAUUCUGGUGGUGCAGUGAAAAAAACUAAGUAAGUUGUUUUAGGCUAUAGAUGAAGUUGAAGUUUCUGCGAUGGUCACCCUUGAAGUGUGGAUGCUGAUGAGAGCUGUUAUCUUUAUUCCUUUAGGAAUGGCAAGGGCUGGGUUCAUGUGAGUUGUGCUCUGUGGAUUCCAGAAGUAGGGUUUGGAAAUGUUUCUAGAAUGGAACCAAUUACUCGGAUUGAGAAUAUUCCUGUAAGUUGAAAGAAUAAGUUUGCUUAUACCAAGCUAAAUGCUGGAACCAAGGUGGGAGGUUCCGAAUAACCCCUAUGUUACUUAUAGUCCAACAAUAGUGCAACAAAGUGGAAAAGAAAUGUGUUUAGAAAGGUGUAAAGGGAACUCACACAGUGUGGGUGUAGGUGUAGACUGACCAGUCAUCCCUUUUAUUGUUAGAUAGAAUUUUUCUAGAUGUUAUGUGACGUUAUUCGCCCGCUCAAAAUGUUUGAAGUAUUAUACCAUAGGCAAACAGAAAAGGCACCUUCAAAUGUUGUCAAUACCAUUCGUAUUAUUUUGUUAUGAACAUUAGUAAUUUUUUCCAGUGUAAAGAUCAAAAAUUACUCCCUGCUGGCAUACGUGCUAAAGGAAUGUAGUAAAUUUACUUUUUAACUGUUCAUUUUCAGGCCAGCAGAUGGAACCUAGUUUGUUUUUUGUGCCGCGAGAAGGUUGGAGCCUGUAUUCAAUGCACAGUGAGUAUUUUGUUUUGUCCACCUAGAGAACGGUAGUCACAGUCUACAGUGCACUAUUUUUUAUUAAUAUGCAACGUCUAGAUUUCUGCAAAAUGGUUACACAAAAGGUGUCAUAGUUUAAUGAUAUUAAUAAUAAGGGUAAUAAUAAUAAUAAUAAUAAUACUAAUAUUAUUAUUGUUAUUAUUAUUAAUAGUGUUAGGGAACAAUCCCAUUUUCUUGAGGUGAUUGCAACUUUCAGAAUCACACAUCUUCACUCUCCCCUCCCACCAUCUUUCCUUUCCUCAGCGAGUUCAAGAAACGAAACUGAUGAGUUUUUGAAACCAACGAAAAAAAAAGAUUGUACAUAUGUUCUGUAUUUGUUGUUGCAUUAUUUAGGUAAAAAGUUGUGUGACUGCUUUCCAUGUGACAUGUGGUUUCAAACAUGGCCUUGAGAUGAAGACUAUUUUAGAUGAUUCAGCUACAGAUGGAGUCAGGCACAUUGUAAGUAAUAAAUCACAUUUCUCUUGUAGUUUGCCACCGAUACUCUUAGCUUGCAUAGCAGGCGCCAUUUAGUUUUUACUCUAAAUAUCUCCCUUUGCCCUUAAAAAAAGUGGCAACUUCAUAUUUUUGCUCUUUUGUCUAUUUAGAGUUAUUGUACAAAACACAGCUACAGAGGAAAGUCACCCACCAAGAAAACCCAGGAAGAAGGCAGUGAAAAACCCACUACAUCUGAAGAUGCAGAAAACUUACGUCAAAAGAAGUGAGUAUGACCAUGUCAUAAAAACGCACCUUUUUUUGUUUAGCAUUUUCAUCAUAAUCUGGAGCGCAAUAAGUCGUAGUUACUGUUCCACGUCCAAUCUUUGUUUGAGUUCGUUUAUGUUAAAAAACAAAUUACCACAGUUAAUGAAAGUAAGUAUUUGAAUAAUUACUCUUUGCAGAUUGAAACAGAUGGAGGAGGAGUUUCAUAAGUUUGUGAGUGUUGAAGAGAUAGCAAAAGAUCUUAACCGUCCCAAGGAGCUAGCUGCAAGAAUACACAAGUUCUGGACACUAAAGAGAAAGGUACUGUUGCUUGUAGAAAGUGUCAGAUUCAAAGCUUUGUGAUGCUUUGCAAACCACCUUCGUGCCACAGACACUUCUAUAAAUGAGAGUUGAAAGGAUUAAUUGAAUUUUUUGUGAAAUGUUAUGUUAGGCUCAAGAUGAUGUUCCUCUUCUGCCACCUACGCUUCAGCAGCAGGAAAAGCUGUCUGGGAAGCAGGCAAGUAUAGGCGCAACACUGCAAAAAACACCCUGCAUUUUUAAUAUAAGGGGAUAUUCUUUGCUUGAAAUAAUAUUGUAUAAAAUAUUAGUGAUGAUGAUGAUGAGGUGCAUUAUAACUCCUUAUACCUAUUGACUAAAGAUGAAUUUGGGGAGCCACCAGCAAGCCUGGAAGGUAACCAUGACAACCCUGUGAGUGGCACCCAUCAGUCACUAGUAAACUUAUGCAACAGGAUGGGAAAGGAAAGAAGACGGCAAACCUUAUGUGACAAGCGUGACAGUAAUUUUGUUUGAAACACCUUUCGGCCAAACUCCACAGAUCUUUUUGUAAAGGACCAGAAAACAUUGGCGUUAAGUGAAGAUCAUGACACAACACACAAGUAAUAGCCCUGUCACGUUUUGCUGUCCUCUUCUUCCUGUCGUCCUGUUGCGUAAACUCACUACUUUCACGCUGAGAACCUCAGUGGAGAAAUGUGCCGAUACUUACAGUGUACCAAAGGAUAUCCAGAGGGAAAGGAGGACUAAGCGCAAAAGGUGGCUAAAGCUACUACCUGCGAAAACAAUGUGAGCAAAACGAUUGAACUCAGUGAAAGGGCUGUAAAAUUACUAGAGCCCUGCAAAUGCUCAAGACCUUCCCACAUACAAUAAUUAGUGAAGGAGUCUGCUAGAAAGCGUCGUGCAGAUUUUAAACUAACCCAAAUUACAUCUAGCCACAUUUAAUGCAUGUGCCUGAAGUACAUGAAGUGUGUACCUAAUAAGUCGUUAUAGUGGCUAAUUGGAAGAAAAGUUGUAGACUGCUGACAUGAUAGUGCACUCCACGUUAGUGUUUUAUAUUUUUUUAAAAAUGAAAUUGCAGGCUGACUCUAAUGUCUGUUGUUCAUUUCGAAGGGUGCGGUGAAUUCUUCGAGUAAUCUUCAAGCACAGCUGGAACGAAUCGUAAAACUGCGUUGUAAUCUGGAAAAGGUGGGUCAUUGCAUUAGUACUUUUUAGUUAGUAAUGGUUUCCGCUGAACAGGGUAAUCUUCAAUUACUAGCUUAGCAUAGUGAAUUAAUAGGCCUGAGCCAAGUAGUUAGAAAGGUGGAUAACACUAUUCAGUGGAUAAUUUUGUUUUCCCUAAUACAUAUCUGCUGGAUAGUAAUUUAUACGAUGUAUAAUGCUAUCUAGCAGGACCAGACUUGUUACUAUUCCUGUGUGUUGUUGAACGUUAAUGCAGUUAAUCAAGGUAUCAGCUGUUGCUCUUAACAGGACUUUAAAAACCUAAAACCAUUACCACUCAUCCUUAGAGUCCUCACAGCCAAUCACAUCACAGCUCAGCUGGCAGGUGACCAGUAACACGUUGACCUAAUUGACCAGUUGAGUCAGUAACCACAGUUACCCUCAACUGACUGUAGACUAUGAACUUUGACUGUGAUGAGGACUGUCGCACAGGUAGUCAGAAAGUGAGUCACUUUCAAGAAUCACUGUUGAAUCACCCAACAGCGUUUCGCCCAGACAACACGGUGGAAAUAUUAUCAUAGAUUUUAAUUUAGGCACAGAACGUCAAAUACACAUCGGGCGAAUCGACCUAAGUCCAGGUGAAUUGCUGUUGGAUGAAUCGACUUAAGGUUUGGUACUGCUCGCAACAACAGUCCUAUUCAAGACUAUGCUCAUCCAGAGGAUCGUAUUCCACGUACCUGUUUUAAGACUGUCAUUCACUCAUCUUCCUUUUCAGCUGCGUAAUCUGUGUUAUAUGGUGACCAAGCGAGAGAAAAUGCGACGUGAACUCUACCGUGCACGCGAGGAAGUUUUCUGGAAAGAGUACGAGGUCAUGACAGAUGAAUCAUCUGACCUGGAUGAGAAGUCAGUCGAGUGGGUGCUCGCCAUUUGCAAGGACAAUUUUAGUGGUGAUGGUAGCGCGCCGGGUUUGGUGGGUGAUGGGUGUGGCAGUCUCGUGGAUUCUCUGUCCUCCCGUGUUAGUAGUACAGUUGAGUCUUCUAGUAGUACCAGCAGUUCUGGGGACUGCUCUAGCACGGAGCAGGGGGUUGGAGACGAACCCGUCAACAAAGGAAGUACGCGUGGAGCUUCCGAUGUCGUAAAAAACUCCGAAGGGGAACAUGAAGAAUCAUUGGAAAGGAGAACUAGAAGAAGCAGCUACGCUGUUAGUGAAACUUCCAACUCUAACCAGACAACAGAUUCAAUAGCUGGUGACGAAAAAGAAUCCCAAAGCACAGAGAAUAGUGACAAUGAGCCGGCGAGCAGAAAACGAACUCGAGUUAAGUCAGAGAGCUCGUGCGAAGACAGCUUGAUGAUUCAUAAGCGUUUUCUGCGGAGCUCUGUAACUGAGGUUACGGAGGCCACACUGGAGCAGGCUAGUGAGCAUGCGCAGGUUAGGAAGGCCAGGAGGCGUACUAGUCGACAUUUAUCAUUUCCAAAUGUUGGAGGGAAAACUAAUGAGGAGAGCUUUACUGAAAUUGACGCUUCUGCAGAUGGUAGCCAGAGUAUUGACGCAGUGUCAUGUGAAACAUGCUCACAGGCUCCUCGGAGUACAACGAAUAGCGAAACUGGAGGUGAAAACCAAACUUCUGAGAAACCAGAAGUGGAUGAAGAGAGCCGGAAAGAGAACAAUCCGCACAGAGAGGACAACGUGGUCAAUUCAGAGAGGACUGAAAACAACUCAAUGAGAGUGGCUGCAAAACGUAAGCGUUCUAAAAGCGCAACAUCAGUGGACGAUAACAUCGCAAGUAAACAAGCUCGCAUCACAGAUUUCCUGCGCCGGAAGUCAUCAAACCGAAAAGAACUAAUGCUAACUAAAUCACUUGGGUCAAGGGGAAACAAAAAGAGCUGUGAUUCUGACGAAAGUGAUGAAGGUAAAAGUGGACCCUGCGUUGAAAACCUGAAACACAGUACUUCAACGAGGUCUUUCUCUAAUGGCAGAGAGACUUCAAAUCGUUAUGUUUGUCCACAGUGUAAACUUCAACAUGAUAAACUUUCCAAGUGUUCCCCACAGAGCCGGGAAGGGAGUCACACUGCGGAAUGCGAUGACAACUGGAAUCGCAGAGAACUUAGACUCCGCAGUUUUCAGUCACCCAAGCCUCGAACUCGAUGUUCUCAUGUUGUUUCGCCAAAACCCCACUGUUGUAGUAGUCUAAUGUCAAAGUUUUGUCAUGCAACAGUUACAUAAAAUUCCUAUUAGCUUAGGGGAAAUGUGUUAACUUUAGGGAGUUCAAGAAGUGACAUUAGGGAACUCAAGCACCAGACAUUCUUAGCCACUGUGCCUGUGCAUUCUUGAGCUGCAGUCACAGACUUCAAAACGCGAGUUCUCAGGUUGAAACCAGUGGUUCAAAUUCUGGGUUCUUCGAAGAGUAUUCGUCAUGCAAAAGUAGAAAUAAAGACGUUUUCAACUGAAUUCUUCUGUCCGUGUUCGUAAUGGUUUCAUGUUGUUGUGUUUAAUGAUUUGCGUUUGGCGCAGAAACUGCGUCCCUGAUCCAGUUCUGUGCGGCUAGCCAUGCAGUUUGUGAAACAAGAACCUCUGGUGCUUAAGUUCCCUAUUUUUGAGCAACGCUCUUCAAAGGGAAGUGAACCUUUUUCUCUUUUAAUAUGCCAUGAUGCUACCAAAUUUGUAUUACUAAGUGUUUUUACUGUUAUUGACAGGAUUUGCCAAAAUAUUUGUUCAAAAUCACGGCUGAAAAGCGCAGAAAAUGUCCACUUCUGGUUGACGUGUGUCGCUCAAACUCCCUUUUGCCUUGUCCUGGCAUUACGAUUUUGAAGAGCAGCAAGUUCACAUGGAUAGGAUUGAUUGGACAAAUAGGCUGCACCCAACACCUUCCCAGCAACAAAUGGGACAUAAAUGGGG